CUGAAGAAAUGCCUGAUCAGCCCAAAGCUCCCAAGAAAGGCGCCAAGAAAGCCGUGUCCAAAGCCAAGGGCACCAAGAAGCGCAGGAGGUCGAGGAGGGAGACCUACUCCAUCUACGUCUACAAGGUGAUGAAGCAGGUUCACCCCGACACCGGCAUCUCCUCCAAGGCCAUGACCAUCAUGAACUCGUUCGUGAACGAUAUUUUCGAGCGCAUCGCGGGCGAGGCUUCCCGUCUGGCCCAUUACAACAAGCGGUCGACCAUCACCUCUCGGGAGAUCCAGACCGCCGUGCGCCUGCUGCUGCCCGGGGAGCUGGCCAAGCACGCCGUGUCGGAAGGGACAAAGGCGGUCACCAAGUACACCAGCUCCAAGUGAAGCUCCAUAAACCAGUGACUAAACAAACGAAAACAACGGCUCUUUUAAGAGCCACUCUCUAUCGCUGAAAGAGUUGCUCCAAUAUUUCAGCAGUGAAUAAUAACUAACCUUUCCUUGCAGAUUUUCAGUUUAGAAGUAAUUAUAAUUUAUAGCGAUCAAGGUUUGCAAUCCAUCUGCCUGUUUUAAUCCCGGGAUCUCCCACUACCCAUUGUACUGUCACGGAGCAUUUUCCCUUUCUGUUAUCAGCUUGUUUCGGUCUUCAGAUAUGCACACAAACCUUUACACAAAGUGCAUCGUCGUGAGGUAGAUAUUUGCCGUUACUGAUGCUGUUUAUCAGCAACAGUUGGCUGUGCUGGGACUGUCCUGAGUCACAUCGCAAUCCCGGCCCUGAUCGUACUUCAACAGCGAACCCUCCAUAACCUCCUGCGUUUUAAAUUAAAACAAAAUCCUGUCAUGUUCUAUGAUUCAGUAUUUGUGCCGAUCGGUAAUUAAAAGGAAAAUUGAAUUCACAGUUACUCUCAUAUCGGAGAAUUAGCUUAAGACGACUCUGCGGGUCGCGUUCUAUUAAUUAUUUGUUUUUUUUAAAUUAUUUGCGCGAUUUCUCCUCUUGCGGAUUAGUUGUUCAUCGGUCUUUGUUAUGUGUGUUUUUUCGUGGAUUCAAUUGUCUUUGUUUUGUGGGUUUCUGCAAGAAGAAUUUCAAGGCUGUAUAUUGUCUACACAGUUUGAUAAUUUUACUUUGAACACUAAACUUAAUUCACACAGU